AUGUCCACCCGCGGCAGAAUGUCCACCCGCGCACCUCUACUGUCCAACAGCGUGCCUCCGCUGUCCAACUGCACGCCUCCGUCGUCCAACCGUGCACCUCCGCUGUCCACCCGCGCGCCUCUGCUGUCCACCCGCGCGCUUCCGCAAUCCAACAGCGCGGCUUCGUCGUCCAACCGCGCGGCUCUGCCUUCCAACCAUCGCCUCACCACCGCGCCUCCUUCCGUUCACAAAGGUUUUUUUCGUUUUUAUUCACCCUUCCUUCUCAUCAACUCCUCCUUCAAACACCUACCACCGUCGCCGCGUGCGCCAGGUCCAAGUAGAACAUUCACCUGCGCAAAGCUUAGGAAUGUCCACCCGCGGCAGAAUGUCCACCCGCGCACCUCUACUGUCCAACAGCGUGCCUCCGCUGUCCAACUGCACGCCUCCGUCGUCCAACCGUGCACCUCCGCUGUCCACCCGCGCGCCUCUGCUGUCCACCCGCGCGCUUCCGCAAUCCAACAGCGCGGCUUCGUCGUCCAACCGCGCGGCUCUGCCUUCCAACCAUCGCCUCACCACCGCGCCUCCUUCCGUUCACAAAGGUAA